CAUCUUCAACUUUUUUCUCUUCCUCCCAUCUUGGAGUAAACUGAAUGGAACCCAGAAUCCAAAUGUCCCAAUCCCUGAACCUUUUGCAACGAGGAUUUUCUCUUGCCUCUCUCAUUUAACUUUAAGACUCUGCUCUCACCCUUUUCUCCCCUUGUUCCAUUCAUGGAGACUCGUCGAACCAAUCAAAGCUUUUCUUCACUGCCUUGUCGUCGUCGCCGUUUACGAUUGCAACAAGAGACCUGAUUCUUGACUCGCCCAUGACUGAAACAGAUAGCCAAAAGUUCAACUGGUUCGCAGAGUGGUACCCUGUAAUGUCGGUUUGUGAUCUGGACAAGAGAAUCCCACACGCAAAAACGGUGAUGGGUCUCGAUUUCGUGGCGUGGUGGGAGCGAAUCACGAAUGCUUGGAAGGUGAUUGGCGAUAGUUGGCCACAUAGAUUGGCUCCGCCCUCCAAAGGAAGGAUCAAUCAGUCGGGAGGGAGGUUGCAGUGUGUUUAUCGUGGAUUGUGUUACCCAUCCCGCAGGCUGCGAUAGAUGGCCCGCCGGUAAACUCCUCAAUGAAGAGGAUAAUAUUAAUAGCCAACGACGGGGACUUUCUGGGCCUCAUAGCUCUACCACAACACAGGCACCGAGUCACCUCUGUCACUAAGAGUUGAUUCGCUAGCAACAGCACCAACGCAUCAGCCCCUGUUUUUCCAAUUAUACUCGUAAACAAAGUAUCCAUCGUUGUUCACAUCCGCCUGCACCCUCCCCUGUUUUCCAAUUAUACAGAGUUAAACAAUCGGUUGAGCAAAGACGCAAGAGCUGAGAAUUUUUGGGCGAUUCAAAUUUAUGGUGGUGCAUCUAUGUUCGACAGCGACGGUGAGGAAGAAAGCGAUGAGAUCGAGGACCAACACGACAACGAUAAGCAAGCAGCAGCACCGAAGCUAUUAUUACUAUUGUUAUCUAUCUCCGGCGGGAAGUCAAAUCAGGGUUUGAAGAAAACAGAAGAGACAAAUGUGUUAGGAGGAAGGCCAUUAGAUAAGGCCCAAGGCAAGCUCGAAACGUGGAAACAAUGAAAUGAGACCUUUACUCCAAGCUGAGAGGAAGAGGAAGAAGUGGAAGGUGAUUUUUUUAUUUUUUAUUUUUAUAAUGCCAUGUCAUUAAACUAACGGUCAAAGGGUUUAGUUGACUGCCACGUUGGAUGAUUUUAACGGAAUUGGACGGCCAGUGGCUACGGUGAAACGAUUCGUAAAGUUGAUGACGAAUAAGAAACAAAAGUAAUUCGGGUGGCAAACGUGAAACAUUUGUAUAAUUUGAGUGACCAAACGUGUAAUUUAGCCGCAAAAAUACUAAGGAAUUUGAAUGUUGACCUCCCUGUUUCUCUUCCAAGUCAAUGUCAUGUUUUCAAGUCAAUAUUACUAACAAAAUUACUAACUAGAAGUUAACAUUUUGGCUAAUUAUUAGUAACUCAAUAGGUUCGGUUCAUAAAAUAGAACGCGAGAAAGUUUUGGCUAAUAAAUGGUGUUUUCCCUAAAAAAUUGUAAACUUCUUAAUAGCAUCAAUGUCAAUAAAAUUUCAUAUGAGUUUUUUAUUGUGACCUCAAUGUUUUUGCAAUUCAACUCAUAUUAAUAUCAUUAUAUCUACAUCCAUGCAAAUCAAACAGUUAAAUUUUCAUCUACUCAAACGUUAGAGACUCUGACAUGGCAAUGAUGUUGGCGUGAAUGUUGAGUUUUGACAUAUCAGCCAAAUAUAAAACUAAAAUAAUUUAAUAGUCAAACAUUUAAUUUUGUGCAAAAUUAUAGCCAAACUUGCUAUUUUGUGCACUAUAAUAACCAAGUCGCUUUUCAAAUACAAUUUAAUAGUAAAUUUUGUUAAAUUUAUCACUAAAGUUAAGGAAUGUUUUUUUAAGUUACCUCAACCCACAAUUAAUUUAAAUAUUUUUAUUUAACUUGAACAUAAAAAAUAUUUUUUUAAAAAUAACUGAACUGAACAAAAGAAAAAUAGAGCUUUUAUCCACUUCUGUCUUCUUCCACGAUUAUUCUUUUCCUUCCUUUCUUCUCUGCCUAAAAUCAUUUUACUCCUCCUCCUUCCUUUUCUUCUUAUAUGGAUACUCUUCCUCUUACUUCACCCCCUACUUAAUUCUUUCAGUUGUGAGCUCCAUACAAAAAUGUAUAAGAAUACUCUUUUGAAGGGCUUUUUUAGCUUGCAAUUGAAAAAGUUGAACCGUGGAUGAAGGGAGAGGAAAAGUAAUCUUGAAUGAGGAUUAGCAAAAAGGUUUUUUUUAGAUCAAAUAUAUCAGAUAUAUUCACCAUGAAAAUAAAAAAAAUGGAUUACACAACUCUCAUUUCUCUUAAUGACUCCGACAUAUGUUUAAUAUUUUUAAAAAAUAUAGAGUUUAUUCAUUAUCUAUGCUAUUAAUUGAAUCUUUGUCAAUAUCUCUUACUCUGUGUUAAGAAAAAAUCAUAUAUCAUAUUGUGAAACAUUUAAUUAAAAUAAAGUAUAAAAUUCGUU